UUCUCUUUUUCUCUAACCUACUUCUUAUAAUACUCUUCUUUCUCCUUCUCUUCUUGAACCGCUUCUCCCUCUCUCCCUCCCCCCUUUGUAAAAUCCCCAUGGCGAUCAACAAUACCCGUGGGCAUGGAUGACAACGAUGAGGAUUUCUUCUCCGACGAUGGUUUCGAGGACCUUCCCCCCGGCACCCUCCUACAGUUGGAGGAGAAUGCCGUUCGAGCCACCCAAUGGUCGCAACCAACCGCGCCCUCGGGCUUGAAAGUGCCUUCGUUUCGUAUGGAUGUGACUGAGGAUGACCAUCCCGUUCCCCUCGACCAGCGCAUCCCCUCCCACGACAUAACGACCCUCCCACCGCCCCCGCGUCUGCACACCGGUCUGACCGGUGAUUACGGGGCCCUGGAUGUCGGCGAAUUGGAUGCGGAGGUCUUUGACGAUGGCUCAGCUAUCGUCCUGGAUGGGUCUUUCACCCACCCGGAGCAACAAGAUCUCCCCGUGCCCCAUGCGUUCGAAGUGCACGACGCGGACCAAGCGCCGAUCCGAGACCACCCCGCGGAGUAUAUGGAGGUCGAAGGAGACUUCUCCCCCCAUGGCGCCCAACUCCAACAUGACUACAACCUCCUCAUGGAAAAGUUGGCGCAGGAAAAUGCACGCUAUAAAGAAUUGGUCGACGAACUGACCGCCGCCAAAACCACGGCCGCCACUAAAAAUGGCGAAAUCGCCAUCAUCCGCUCGAACCAGGCCAAGUUGAGUGACAAUUACGAGCGGCAGCUGGUAGCCCUACGGAAGCAGCUGGCCGAGGAGAUCGGUCGCCAUCGCGGCGAGGUCGAGGCGGCGCGGGCUGAAGGCAAGAUGCUUGCUACGGAGAAUGCCUUUUUGAAGCAGGACCUCGCCGAGGAGUCCAUGCGCAUCCACGCCCGCAAGCCCAAAGACCGCCCCGAGGAGACCCCCGCCCCCGAGACGCCCAAGAAGACAAGGGUCCUCCCCUUCCGGGACGGGUUCAACGACGAGGAGAUCCUGGCCGUCUCGCCCACCAAACCCACCCCCUCCAAACAUUACACCACCACCGCCCGCGGGAAACGGAGACGGCAGCUGAGCCCGGACCGUCAGGCCGGCCUGCCCUUGGACGCCCCCGCCGCGCCCCAGACCGCCGAGCCUCUCGCGCCGGACGAUCCCGAUCCUGACCCGUCGGACGAGGAAGAGAUGGAGAUGGAGAUGGAGGACACGGUGGCGGACAGACCGGCCCGGACCGCGGACGACGACGCCCACGCGCGGGUGACGAAACGCCUCCUCAACCACCGGACGUACCCGAACGAACAAAGCGACCUCGAGGUGCUGGGCCGGCUAGCCUUCCCGUCGGCGCCCCAGCGAACCUUGUCCACCCGGCUGCUGGAGGAAACAGCCACCCGCAACCGGGGCAGCUACCUGAUGGACUACGCUGAGGCGGUGAUCGCGCUGUGGGCGCAGGCCUUGGCGGAGAAGUACUUCGCUCCGGUGCCCAUCUUCCUGGCCGUCACGCGGGAGGUGCUCGCGCUGGACGCCCGGACGCCCGGAUCGGGGCUGAUCGAGCUCCUAGUGCCCGUGCUACAGGACUCGGGCGACGUCAACGGGGUGCCACGAUUCCGUCACUCGCCGCAGUCGCGGCAGAGCUCAGGACAGAUCCGGCGCACGCCGGCGUCACAGCUCGAGCCGCGGGUCGACGCGACGGCGGCGCUGGCGCUGCUGCACCAGAUCGCCUGCUCGCGCCUCCACGUCGCGGCGGACCUCGAACGGUUCUGGCGGUGCAUGCGCUACGACUUUGUGCUCAUGAUGCUGAACUGCGCGCAGCCGCUCCACGACCUGAUCCUGACGCUGAGCCUGCUGGCGACCAGCGUGCAACCCGACGCGUUCGGGUCCCUACUCGACACCGAGGCAGACCAGCGCGCCAACGAGAACUACGUGAUCGACCGGGUGGCCAACCUGCUGAGCGAGACGCCACAGCCGGACGAGGGCGCCGCGCCCUACCCGGCGGCGGCGGUAUGCCAGCUGCGGCUGGAGGCGCUGUCGCUGCUGCAGGCGAUCGCCUUCAACGCGAUGGCACCGGGCAGCCGGCACGGCAGCGAGGCGAUCGCGGCGCACCCGACGGUGCUGGCGCGGGCCAUCCGCGCGAUGCACGACGAGCUGGACGCGCUCUACCGAUUCCCGCCGGAGCGGGCACUGCACGCGACCCUGGUCAACGGGCUGAUGCGGCUGGUGUACGGGGUGCUGCGGCGACAUCCGGACCAGGUGGACCUGCCGUCGAAGCUCGGGCGUCUUGCUGGGGGGAAGCAAAAGUUUUUGGUUGCGUUGACGCGACUGGCGUUUAGCGAAGGGUUGGUGUUGGAGGAGGGGAUCGACGACGAGACGGUGGAGAUGGCGCAUGCUAUUCUCGACGACGCGGUCAAUCCGCAGGAAGCGGAGGCGUUACAGGAGGCAUUUUCCAGUUCGCGGCGGGAGGAAUAG